AUGGCGACAGAAACCGAUACUCUAUCCUUCUCGCUGCCUACGAGCACUGCACCUACCGAUAUUUCCGAAUCGACAUGUCUGCCUCACUCGACUCCCUUUCUUAAACAGCCCUCGGCAUGUCCACCACAAAACAUGCCCGCCGAGUGGGAUACGAGAAUACCACCUCUAGAACCACCCACCACAUUCGCGCAACAAUUUUGCAACGACGGGUCAGGAAAUGGAAGCGGAAAUGGGUGCUUUAACGAUGGGGGUCUACUAUACAGGGUUCAAGCCGAGCGCGAAUGUCGAGAAGGGCCUGGCAAAACCGUCGAAGAGGCUUGCCAACGCUCUCUCAACCACUUCCCCUGCCCAGGACUCGCCUUUCCGAUGCCGGCCCUCGACUUUGAUUUUCGAAUCGCCGUCCGUUUAAACCAGGAGGCUGUGCACGUUGAUUCAGGCAAUACCAAAGAGAUCACCACAGUUGCAGCCGGUGUAUGGUCCGGGUCUUUUGGCCACGGCCGCGUCAUUGCAGGUGGUUAUGAUCUUGGUCAAGCCCGUGGUUUCAGACCCAUGAGACUCGUUGAAGGCGCUUUUGUUAUCCAAACGAGCGAUGAACAACCCGCGCUACUUGAGAUGCGUACACGCGGUUCCCUCUCAGGACCUGCCGACAUCCUUGAUACUCUAUUAAGCCCCCGGGCCCCCAAGGAUAUCGACCCACGCCGCUACGGAUUUCGCAUGUUCGCGACAUUCAAGACUUCCGACAAGCGUUACGCCGAGAUAGUCAACUGUGGAUUAUGGGUGGCCAGUGGUGCCUGGCGUGGCGAACACUUGGUUAUCGAGUAA